AAGAUCAAAUCCCUGGAAAGAAAAGUUGACAAGCUUGGGCAUUUGGAAGAUAAAAUUUCGUCAUUAGCAGCAACGGUAGCUUUGAAGAGCGAGAAAAUCGAAGAAUUGGAACGGGAGAUUAAAAGGGCUGCUGUAGAGGAAAAUGGUGCAAAAGAGACUGUCUCCGUCAGAGCAGAAGUAAAUAAUGGGGAAAACCCUGCAGAUCGGUCGUUGACAAAAAAUAAGUUAAGAGGAAUGCGACAAGUUGAAACAGUGGCGUUCUCCGCUGUAAUGACACAUGCUGUUCAGCACCUUGGAGACAAACAAACGAUUAAAUUCGACAAAGUACUUCUCAAUGACGGUAGUGGUUAUGUACCAAGUACUGGCGUCUUCACCGCACCUUUAUCCGGGACCUACCUGUUUAUUUAUAACUUUGGACAUCAUGGUACAGGUGAAACCUGGCUGGAACUCGUGAAAAACGGAAAUGUCCAGAAUGCCGCUGCCGUUGAAGGUCAUUUUGGAGGUCAAAACCUGCAGGGAGGUAAUGCAGCAAUCAUUAGGGUGAAUCAAGGAGACACGGUGUGGGUGGAGACAUGGCAAGUGUCAGACGUGUCGGCACAGGAUACAUUCACUACAUUUUCCGGGGUGUUUCUGUAUUGAAUAUAAAUUUUCAAAGAUCAAUUAAAUAUUAUUUGGAAGUAACAAA